ACAUUCAAUGAGUACACCGUGCUCCACGUUGGGUGUUUGGCCAAGAUCAACCCCCAAGCCCCUCUCGACAAAGUCUGUGUCCUCAGCUGUGGCAUCUCCACAGGGCUUGGUGCUACUUUGAAUGUUGCAAAACCCUUCAAGGGCUCUUCUGUUGCUGUUUUCGGGCUUGGUGCAGUUGGACUUGGUGCUGCAGAAGGAGCAAGACUGGCUGGUGCUUCUAGAGUGAUUGGUGUGGACUUGAAUCCUGCUAGGUCUGAAGAAGCUAAGAAGUUUGGUGUAACUGAGUUUGUGAACCCUAACGACUACAAGAAGCCAGUCCAAGAGGUGAUUGCUGAGAUGACUGAUGGAGGCGUGGACCGGAGCGUUGAGUGCACUGGAAACAUCAAUGCCAUGAUCUCAGCCUUUGAAUGUGUCCAUGAUGGAUGGGGAGUAGCGGUUCUUGUUGGAGUGCCUCACAAGGAGGCUGUGUUCAAGACUCAUCCAGUGAACUUCUUGAAUGAGAGGACUCUCAAGGGGACUUUCUUUGGAAACUACAAGCCUCGUUCUGAUCUUCCAUCUGUUGUGGAGAUGUACAUGAACAAGGAGCUGGAAGUGGACAAGUUCAUAACACACUUCGACGAUCCUAACAAGACUUCCCCUGCUGAGCCAUUUGCAGAGAUCAACAAGGCCUUUGAGCUGAUGCUUAAAGGGGAGGGGCUUCGUUGUGUUAUUCGAAUGGAAUGA